AUGGAAACCUUGCAGCAGUGGUGGCAGGCCCAAAAGGAGGUCGUCUUCGCCUUCACCGGUCUAUCUCCGAUCACUUUCUACACUGCAUUGGCGAUUCUAAUAGCCCUUUUCUACGUCGUUUCUGGUCUCUUUGGUUCCUCCUCCUCCGACCGUCACCCCCAAACCCGCCACAUCCAAGCAGAGGUUCCCCCUCUCCGACCACCUGUUCAGCUAGGUGAAAUCACCGAAGAAGAGCUCAAGGGCUACGAUGGAAAUGAUCACGAUAAGCCCUUGCUUAUGGCCAUUAAGGGUCAGAUCUAUGAUGUCUCCCAGAGCAGGAUGUUCUAUGGACCUGGCGGGCCUUAUGCUUUAUUUGCUGGCAAGGAUGCUAGUAGAGCUUUAGCAAAGAUGUCUUUCGAAGAGAAAGAUUUGACCGGUGAUAUUUCCGGUCUUGGCCCAUUUGAGCUCGAUGCGUUACAGGAUUGGGAAUACAAAUUUAUGGAGAAGUAUGUUAAGGUGGGAACUAUAAAAAAAGAAGUUCCAGUUGCUGAGUCCACCGCGGAGCCAUCAGAAUCUACUCCCCGCGAUGUUGAUGUCGAUGCUGCUGUUAAGCCAACUGCUGCAGAGGUUAAAACUGAUGAAACACCUUCAAAUGUUGAUGCAGAGGUUAAAACUGAUGAAACACCUUCAAAUGUUGAUGCAGAUAAAGAUUAG